GAUGUGAGGGAGCAAUAAAUAUAACGGCGUUUUUCUACAGGCGGACACAUCGCAGGUACGCAAACGCAAGGCGGUGGGCUGUCAAACCCAGACAGCACUGCGGGCUGUUGGGACACAGCUAUCUCGCAGAACAUUAGAAGCUCACCACAGGAGUAAAGGGAUGUACAGUAUGAUGAUUGUUUUUAUAUUUUGAUUGUUACAACAGUAUGGCACUAUUCAGUAUUCUGUAUACUAUUCUAGAUUUGAUUUAGAAGAUUUUUUUUCUUUGCUAGGUAAACAGGCUACAGUUGAAAGCAGAGACUUUGGUGUCAGCACAGUUGGUGCUUUUCAAUUACCUGUCCUGUCAUCUACACCAAUUAAAAGACCAUCUAAGCGAGCAUGUUUGGAGCUGGAGGAGGAUGAUGAUCCUUUAGAGGGAUCCUCAGUCACUGAGCCUUCCCUUCAGCAUGAUGAAACCUAUAAACCUGGAGAUACUACAACAUCCAGAUCUGAAAUUGACACUUCUGCUGUAAAAAGUACCUCACUCCACACACUGUCUGUUUUUCAAAAGAUGGAAUAGCCAACCUUUAGUUGGUAGUACCCUAGCAGGCAACAUUCAUCUGUCUGCUGCAAUUUACAUCAGUGGCGCUUCGUCUUUCAAAUUUCAAAACAUUGCAAGGCCGAUGAAGCUCUAUAUGUUCGAAUUCAACACUUUCCGGCAACAUUCCAGGAGCUUUGUGGAACCUGCUAUCAUCAGUGUCUGGAAAACCUGGCAGAAUUCCAUACUCCUUCACCUAAGUCAGAAGGACAAGGUUAUUUUUGGAGGUGAUAUGAGGGCUGACUCGCCAGGGCACUCGGCUAAAUAUGGAAGCUAUACCAUGGUGGACCUCACGAUCAACAGAGUGGUGGAUUUGCAGUUGGUUCAGAGUAAUGAGGUCGGUGGAAGCCACAAUAUGGAGAAAGAGGGACUAAGGCGGAGCUUGGCUAAAAUGUCACAGCAUGGAGUCAAAUUGGAUUCAAUAGUAACUGAUCGUCAUCCAGCCAUUCAGAAAAUGUUGAGAGAGGAGAAGAUAAUGCAAUUCUACGAUGUGUGGCACAUAGAGAAAGGAAUCACUAAGAAGUUGGAGAAUGCCUCAAAAACUAAAGAAUGUGAAAAGCUACAGACGUGGAUAAAGGCGAUCAGAAAUCACAUUUAUUGGACUGCUGCCACAUCAUCAACAGGACCAGAGAGAAUAGCCAAAUGGAUGUCUCUCAUAAAUCAUGUCCAGGAUGUACAUACUCAUGAGGAUCCGAGUUUCCCAAAUUGCCUUCAUCCUGUGAAGCACACUCGAGACAAACAUAAAUGGCUGUCAAAAGGUUCCCCAUCUCUUCAAAAGUUGGAGAAAAUUAUGACUAAUAAAAGAAUACUAAAGGACGCAUAGAAGCUGAGCCCCCUUCACCAGACCUCAUUGUUAGAAGCAUUCCACAGUGUAAUAAUUCGAUUUGCCCAAAAGAGUGUGUUUUUUUUCCUAUAAUGGAAUGCUAUACAGACUCUACCUUGCCACAUUGCAUUUCAAUGAAAAUGCAGACCGAUCACAGGCUACCUCUGCUGCUGGAGACCUGCUGUACAAGAUUUUAUUUCCAAAGGCAAAGAGGGGCGAGUGUGUUGCUAAACCACUUAAAGCAGCACCGACGUUUUAUUACGUUGAAAAUCUGCUUGACACUAUCUUCGAGAAAGUCCUGCUGGACCCGGGAAGGUAUAUGGAGGAACUUUGGAACAUUCCUGUUCCAGCGCCCCUUUGUGCAGAUUUUGAGCGGCCUGACAGAAGGGAGGUCAUCGAUGCUAUGGUUUCACGAUUCAACAACCCACAGCAAAACUAGGUUAAAAACUUACUUCACGCCCUAUUACGGCUCUUCCUUUUUUUGCCAUUUUUUAUAUAAACUAUAGAAAGUUGUAACCUAAAUAUGACACGAGACACUUCAGUAGUGUACCAUUUUGUUUCCUAUCUUCUACAGUGAUGCCAUGAAGGACUUAGAAAGAGAUCACAUUUCUACUACAUUAGCUUCUCUGCACUGGCUGCCUGUAAAAUGUAGGAUAGUGAUCCUCUCCCCCUCUCUCUGUCUUCACCUACAGGUAUCAUAGGACUCAAAGUUUGGUGUCUGUGAUGGGCAGCUAACGGUGUCCAACCAUCCUGCCUGUGUCCAGUCCCUGGUCCAACCAUCCUGCCUGUGUCCAACCAUCCUGCCUGUGUCCAGUCCCUGGUCCAACCAUCCUGCCUGUGUCCAACCAUCCUGCCUGUGUCCAGUCCCUGGUCCAACCAUCCUGCCUGUACUCUGUUGUUGCUGUGCUUUUCUCCCUCUCUAUCCCCUCACCCCAACCGGUCGAGGCAGAUGGCCGCCCAAAACCAGCCUGGUUCUGCUGGAGGUUUCUUCCUCGUUACAGAGGAAGUUUUUCCUCUCCACUGUUGCUGUCAAAUUAAAUGCUUGCUGUAAGUGGGAUUUGUUGGGUUUAGUUGUGUAAGGUCUUAAACCUUACUUUGUAA